AUGGCAUCAUCAACGACCAAACCACCUGUUCCACCCUUCACUGAAGAAACUGCUCGUAUCAAGGUUAAAGCUGCGCAGGAUGUAUGGAAUACAAAAAAUCCCCAAGUAGUAAAGAAUGCAUACACCACCGAUUCCAUCUGGAGAAACCACGAUACAUUCCUCCAAGGCCACGAUGAAAUCGUCGCAUUCUUGAGUAAGAAAUGGGAGAGGGAAAAUGGAUAUCGAUUGCGGAAAGAAUUAUUUGCGUUUCGGGAUAAUAAGAUAGCAGUACAGUUCUGGUAUGAGUUUUAUGAUGAAUCGGGUCAGUGGUGGAGAUGCUAUGGGUUGGAGGAUUGGACUUUUGCGGAGGAUGGGCGGAUGAGGAAGAGGCAGAUGAGUGGGAAUGAUGUGAAGAUUGGGGAUGGGGAGAGGUGGUUUAGGGAGGGGGUUGAUGUUAAUGAGGUUGAGAUCUCGGAAAAGCAUUGGUGA